AUGAUCAAAUUGAAAAUGGUGGAAGUUAGUUUAGGCGUUUUCUUUCGAUCUUUCAACGCAUCGUGAGUGAUUUCGGUAAAUUUUAAUUAAUCCUUAUAAUUUUAUAGAAAAGUCAUCCUAUGCGCCUGUCUUUUGGUCUUUAUCGCUCUUUUCACACUGCGACUCGAUGGAAAAGUGGAUUUCAGGUAGAAAUCCCUAAAAAAUUCAAACUAUUCACAAAAUGUUGGCAAAUUUCAGCUACGCCUUCGUUUUCGCUCCGUUAUGGGCCUGUAACCUGCUGGUUUUUGUCGGAGCCAUCGUCGGAACGUGCUCUUUUUGCUCGAAUCCACCCUCCAGGUAUUCUAGAUUUAUUUGGAAUUCUCAGAAAUUUUUUAGAAACGAAAUUCUGAUGCGAGUCGAUUUUACGGCGAUGCUCAUCACCGCCGCCGAGCACAUUUUCCUGUGCACCUUUGUCACGUUGGCUUUUAUCAAAGUAAGUGUUUUCUAUAUGAAUUUUGCAAAAAAAAGGGGAAAAAACCGAGAAAUUUCACUGAGGUUUCAUAAAACUGCGAAAUUCUUGAAACUCUCACGACAGGUAAAAGAAAAUCCCCUUAAAAAUGGGUCUAAAUCACGCGGGUGAGUUGCUAAUCACAAUUUUCUUCAAAACAUCAACUACUACUACCCAGCUAGCGAAAAAUCCCGUGCUAAAUACUCUUACCAGUCUCAUUGUGCGAAGGACAGAACUGAAGAAGAGUGUCUCUUGUUCGAGUUCACCAAACUACGAAUGCGUGUGUUUGUGGGAGGAUGACAAUUGUAACUGUCAUUCAAACACUUGUAAACACCCUUUGAUCUACCGAAAACGUGGCACCGGACACGAACGGUCAUCGAUCCAACGCGCCCUUUCUGCCCGGUGCCCCUAUAAUAAUUUUCGGAAUAUUUGUUUGAUUCAGAAGUGAGCCGAUUGAUAGAAUUUUGCCGCCCUGUAUUUUCGUAAACAUCACUUUAUCCUCUCGACGGUCCGCUUUUUUCUUUUUUUGUCCAUCCUUUUAGUUUUUCCAAGGUUCGACACGCCUUUAGCUUCACUUUUUCCCUUCCUUUCACGUUUUCUUCUCGUGGCGUAUAGACGGAGUGCCGUUCUACUGUCUAAUCAAUUUCGUUUCACAACUAUACACGUUCCGACGCAUUUCUUUUUGCUCAGUCAAUCAAAAAAUUCACGUUUGUCACAUCAACUGGCCGCGCCGCGUGCAUUUGCCUAAGUUGUAGAGUUUUCCCGAAUUUUGGGAUUAUGAAUCUGUGUGUGUCCAUGAAAAUCUAACUCUUAUUCUCCUUAUUUUCUUUUCUGCAGUUGGAGUUCGACUACCUGGUGGACCCGAGCCUUCCGCUUCCCUGGACCAUCGUCUUCUGCCCCCUCUUCUCGCUUUCGAUCCUUUCGAUCGGUAUCGCCGUCUGGUCGCUCCGUCACGAUAAACCGUUCGAAUUCGAGUUCUUCUACGCCAUCAACAUUGUCCAACUCGUCUUCAUCGCCUUUAAAUUGGACAAACAAGUACGGAUACUGUAAAGUCACUCAAAUUUUGUUCAUUUUUUGCAUCGAUUCCGGUCAGAAUAGAAUUCAAGAAUUUUUCAAAGAUUUUCUCAAAAACGGUUCGAUUUUGCUCCAUUUUCAGGUGGACUGGACAUGGGCGGUCGUCUUCAUCCCCCUGUGGGUGGUGCUUUCGCUCGCGGCCGUCGGAGUCCUCUACGCGCUCGUUCUCUCCGUCGUCCUCAUCCGAUCUCGACACUUCAUCCCCGCUCACCGACGGCAGCACGUCUACUCGGCCAUUUUGCACACUUUCUUUGUCAGUUUCCGGAAAAUUAUGCAAAAAAAACGUGACAAAAAUCGAAAGGAGCAGCAGUUGUUCACUCAAUUUCCAAUUUCUGACUGAAACGAAAAAGCCAAAAGCCAAAAAGCAAAAAGCUAUUUUCAUCGAAACUUCAGUAAUCUCUUCAAUUUUUGCAGGUGAUCCCAGCGCUGGUGUGCCUGGUCCUUCUCACCGGAAAACUGGAUUCGAUGAAUUGGACGUCCGAAAAAGGACCUCAUUCCGAGUACAGCUAUACUGUAAGUCUGCGAAAAUACUGAUUAUCACACGCUGUCCCACAAAAAUUCUUCCCAAUUUUUCACUUAAUUCAAUGAAUUUCCCUUGCAGCUGGCCCUCGCACCACUCCAAGUCUCCUUUUUCUUCAUGGCCAUAAUGUCGGCGGGCUUCGGCGGUCCGUCGUCGACGCCGCAAACGAACAUCUGGUGGUUCGGACUCAGAAAACCUCUGUGUCCGUUCCUUUUGGAUAAAUGUCCCUCGUUGAGGACGUACGCGAAUGUCAGCUACCGAGUUGGCGGCCGAAAUCGAGCCGAUAAUGAGGUGAGCCCGGAAAUAGUCACUUUGAAGCUCUUAAACAUCGAAAAACCGCCUAGUAGUACCGGAUGACUUUCUAGACAAAAAUAGCACAUUUACAAUCACAUUCUUUAUGAAAAAUGGAAAAAAAUCAGAGCAACUUUUCAGCAAACGAACGGAGAAGAGCGUGAAGCAGUGAUCGCCGCCGGAAACGAGCACGAAGAAGCGGACGAAACGGACGAUGCAGGACGACGAAAUCGACAGAGACGCCACGAGGAGAAGAGCCGCGGAUCGGGCGGAUCACAGAACAGUGCGCAGGGCAGUCAGACGGGACCGCAGGAGCCCAGUGAGUCGGGGGGAAAUGUGGACGCAUUUCAAGUUUCGACGUGAAACCAUGGAAUAGGCCCCUCAAUUUUCGAGGCGAAGGCAGCCGGACGCCUUUGAAAGUCGGGUGCAUGCGGCCGUCCGCCUUCGAUGAACAGGUAAAAAGGCACAGGUCGCCUUCGCCUGUUCAUCGAAGGCGGAGCGGAUUUUCAAAGGCGUCAGGCGCGUUGUUUCGUAGAGAAAAAUUCGUUUAUGGGGUUUUUCAGGCUGUGAAAAAAAAAUGAUUUUUUUUCGUUUUUUUUUUGUUUUUUUAUGUCAAAAAACCCAAUUGAGCGGUGUAAAAAAAAACGAAAAAAAACGAAAAAAAACGGAAAACAAACAUACGCUGAAUAGCCCCAUUGAAAACCGGAAAAAAGAUUGAAAUGUUCAGAUCCCUCCGAUUUGGCGGCCUCAUCGGCGUCGAUUUCACGAGCAAUGGCCCAAUAUCGGAACGAAUUCGGAUACCAUUGGGUCGGAGACAUUUCGCAACCGGAUUGA